GGAAGAUGGUCCCCGCGGCCGGACAGCUCGCUCUGCUAGCGCUGGGUAUCGUGUUAGCUGUGUGCCAGGCUCUGGAGAACAGCACGUCCCCCUUGAGCGACUCCCCCGUGGCGGCUGCAGUGGUGUCUCACUUCAACGACUGCCCGGAUUCCCACACUCAGUUCUGCUUCCAUGGAACCUGCAGGUUUCUGGUGCAGGAGGAGAAGCCGGCAUGUGUCUGCCACUCUGGGUACGUGGGUGUUCGCUGUGAGCAUGCAGAUCUCCUGGCUGUGGUCGCUGCCAGUCAGAAGAAGCAGGCCAUCACUGCCUUGGUGGUGGUCUCCAUUGUGGCCCUGGCUGUCCUGAUUGUCACCUGUGUGCUGAUCCACUGCUGCCGCAUCCGCAAACACUGUGAGUGGUGCCGCGCCCUUGUCUGCAGACACGAGAAGCCCAGCGCCCUUCUGAAGGGAAGGACUGCUUGCUGCCACUCUGAGACAGUGGUCUGAAGAUCCCAGAGGAGGAAUUUGGCCAGGUGACCUAUGGGAGCCCAACACCAGAAAAGCUUCUUGGGACAAUGCCACCGGCAGUACCCACGUUCCUGGGACAUGCUGGCAGACUUUCCCUGUGCAGUGCACAAUCGCCUCUGUGGCCGUCUGUCCUCUGCAGGCCUCCAAAACUGUGUGGUAAUUCUGCCUGCCGGGCUUCCUCAGCGCACCCUAGAGAAGAGGCCAGUAGACCAUGUUUCAAGACAAACUGAACAAGAACCUCAAAGGGCUGUCUGGCCUUCUUGCUAACCCACACCAGGCAUGGGCUUGGGUUGGUGUCUCUUGCCAGUUAUGGAUUCAAGGCUGUUUCUUCUCAAUGGGCCAUCUGGUCCCAGCAGAGACUCCAUGGUUGAUGUACAAAAUGGACAAGGGGAGACGCCUAUUGCUAUAUGAAGACAGCGUGGCCUCCUAGCACCCUUGACAUCUCCUCAAGCUGUUGCCAGGAUGUGUGUCUUAUUUAUUAGAUAGAUAAUGGUUUAUCUUUAAUCUCUUAAGUCAAUGCCAGGCAUCCAUAUUAACGAUACAAGAGCGGCUGGCUGGGGCGUUACACCAAACACAAAUGUCCAGCCACUUUGAUAAUGCCCGACUGCAGGGAGGGGUGCCUCCCAGGGACUGUAGGGACAGCGGCCAAAAGUGACUCUGAUGGGAACAGAACUGCUAUUUGGAGGCCAUGUCCUCUAAGAUGCAAAGCAGAAAAGUCCCCCCAGAUACACAUGGUCACAAAGUUAGCAAGGCCAGUGGCAGAGCCCCGCCUCCACAGGGGCAAGAGCACAAAAGAGUCUGUGUGAACACCUAGGGAGGACGAACAUGCCAACGCUUGGUUAAGUGGAUUAACUUCCUCGUGAGCUCUGGCAUUAGGAGCGAGUUAUGGGCCAAAUCCAUGAAGGGGACCAGCCCUUUAUUUUCCGUGCUUUUGCCUUGGUUUUUGCCUUAUUUUCAGAAGGAGAAAUUUAACUUUCCUAUUUAUUUUCAAGCAUUAGGAUAUAUAUCCCACUGUUGGAUUUUGUUUGUUUGUUUUGUUUUCUUCCCUUUCAGAACGCUGGCAUUAUUAACAAAAUUGCUACCAAACCCCACCACUCCCCUCUGGAGAAGGAGACCUGAGCACCCAAGGGUGCUCUGACCCAUUGGGUCCACCCUCAUCCCUGGGAUGCUCAGUACUGUCUGGAGAUAGAAUGACAGUUAAUAUAUAUCGCUGCUUAUGGAAGAGGACAUUGUCUAACUCAGAAGUGUAAAGCCUGCCC